UGGCACGUAUCGGUGCAAUGUAAGCUACAGUCGAUCGUGUGAUGAAAGCAUCCCAAAUAUAACGACCAAAUGUACCUCAGAAUCGGGGAUUCAGAAAAACCCAAAACCUCAGAGAGUCUGUUCAUCGUUUUCGAUCACUCAAAGGUGGGGGAGACCAACUGUAGUUGUUUUACUUGGGCAUGACUAUAGUAGCAUAUGCCUGCUAAGAGCUGCACAGGAGGGGUCUGGACGAUGGGAAUCGCAGGCGCUCUCUCAAGUCUGAUUGAGACAUAGCUUGACCUAGCCCCAUCAGGGCAUUAGUGGAACCCAAGACAACUAAUACUAAUCAGGACAAGAAGUGAAUUGAAGUGGCACAUCAGGAUAUUCUUUUCUGAAGGUGAACAUGAAACGAAGACGUUUGAGCAAUCACAGUUGCGGAGUACAGAACGGUGCAUUUUAUCUGCCACCAGAGAUUAUUUGCGAGAUUCUUUCCAGACUUCCCAUAGAAGCGAUCUUGAGAUGUAAAAGUGUGUGUAAGGAAUGGUCUCGUUUGACUGAAGACCCUCACUUUAUCAACCUGCAACGGGACAGAGCAAAUAAUCAACUACCUCGGCUCAUCCUGCAAUCACACUAUAAAGUUUCGUUGCAAAAUCUACUUUUGUUGGACACAGAGAGAUGCAACAUUAGAAAGAUUCCUUUUAAGAAAAUGCAGUUGCCCUCAUGUUCAAAAUACAAGUUGAAUCGCUUUCGGCUGGUGUGUUCUUGCAAUGGUUUGCUCUGCAUAGCUUUGAGUGACGAAAUAGAUCCUGUGAUCAUAUUGAAUCCAAUAACGAGAGAGAGUGUGAUUUUGCCCUCACCAGAAAGAAGAAUAAGAGCAGUUAGUAAUCAGAUUGGUUUUCACUUUGACCCCUCAUCUGGCAAGUACAAAGUUGUAAGGGAAUGUAGAAGUAUGGGUAAUCAUAAACACAUCAGUAUUGAAAUAAUUACACUUGGAGAAAGUUCAUGGAGAGAAUUGAGUGCUCCUGUCCCAGUCAAAUUUAACCAGGGCAGGGCAGUAUUUUGGAAUGGGGCCUUCCACUGGAAAAUUGAGGACAGUGAUUACAGAUCUGGGGACAAAUGCAUCCUCGGAUUCAAUAUAAGUGAUGAGAAGUUUUACACCAUCUCUUGCCAUGUCAAGUUUGGAGUUCAGAACUAUGAGUUGCUGGUUUUAGGGGGGUGUUUGACAUUAGUAGAGCAUGAUGUUCAUCUGAUGAAGAUAUGGAAAGUAAGUGGAACAAAGAGCCAAGGAUUCUAUCUCUCCUUCCAAUGCACGUAUGAUACUCAUGUGCGGUGGAACAACUCUCUCUUUUACUCUGUGAUCUGGAAAACUAGUCAUGAUAGUUUUUUGCUCAAGGUCACACAUUCCGAUAGCAAAGCUCGUUUAAACCAGCAUCUUGUUCAGUUUUUUCCUGAAAAGGCUCUAUACUCGCCUCUGAAAAUUCCUGGCCUUCCUCCUAACUUCUCCAGCGUUUGUUUUAAGCCCACUUUAGUCUCUCUAAGUUAACAGUAGCCCAUGAUCAGGCAGGAUACUAUACACAUGCAUGGUUGCUUUGCUUAAUUCCUGGUCAAUGGAGGUGGUUGUCCUCAUUUUCUUUGUUGAAGUUCUAUUUGGUUUCUACUUUGCAAAGGAGACACAUUUAGAAUUACAAAGAAGUUAGUGUUAUGUAAUCAGUUUGCUAAGCUUGAUUUGGAAGGGUUUAAAUUACACUUUUGAAUGGUGAAUGUCCUGACCAUUCCAUUUGUAAAAAAAAAACCGUGAGUAUAAAAUGUAUAAAAGCUCAGAGAGAGAAGCUGAAGCUUGUUUCUAGACUCA